AUGAUUUGCAAGCGACUGGAUCCUUUUUUCUUUUCUACAGAUCAGGCUUACGUCUUUCUUUUUUCAUCACUUCAUUCUUUCAUUCUUUCUUUCUUUCAUUCUUUCAUUCAAACUUUCAUUCUUUCUUUCUAUCUUUCAUUCUUUCUUUCAAUCUUUCAAUCUUUCAUUCUUUCUUUUUUUUCUUCUUUCUUUUUUUUCUUUCUUUUUCAUUCUUUUUUUUUUCUUUCUUUCUUUCUUUCUUUCUUUUUUUUUCAUUCUUUCAAUUCAUUCAUUCUUUCUUUCUUUCAUUCUUUCUUUUUCUUUCUUUCAUUUUUUCUUUCUUUUUUUUUUUUUUUUUUCAUUCAUUCUUCCAUUUUUUCAUUUCUUUUUUCUUUCUUUCAAAAAUUUUUUUUUCUUCUUUUUUUUCUUUUUUUCAUUUUUUCUUUCUUUCUUUUUUCUUUUUUUUCUUUCUUUCUUUCUUUCUUUCUUUUUUUUUUUCUUUCAUUCUUUCUUUUUUUUUUCUUUCUUUCUUUCUUUCUUUUUCUUUUCUUUCAUUCUUUCUUUCUUUUUUUCAAUCUUUCAUUCUUUCAUUUUUUUCUUUCUUUUCAUUCUUUUUCUUUCUUUCUUUUUUUUUUUCUUUCUUUUCAUUUUUCUUUCUUUCUUUUUCUUUCUUUCUUUCUUUCUUUCUUUCUUUUAAUUUUCUUUUUUUCUUUUUCAAUCUUUCAUUUUUCAUUUUUUUUUUUUUCUUUCUUUCUUUCAUUCUUUUUUUCUCUUCUUUCUCUUUAUUUUUCAUUCAAUUUUUUCUUUCUUUUUUCUUUUCUUUCUUUCAUUCUUUUUUCAAUCUUUCUUUCAUUCUUUCUUUUUUUUAAUUUCUUCUUUUCUUUUUUUUUUUUCUUCUUUCUUUCUUUUUUUCAAUUUUUUUUUUUUCUUUCACUUUUUCUUUCAUUCUUUCUUUCUUUCUUUUUUUUUUCAUUCAUUUUUUUUCAUUCUUUCAUUUCUUUCUUUCAUUCUUUUUUUUUCUUUUCAUUUCUUUUUCUUUUCUUUCUUUCUUUCUUUUUUCUUUUUUUUUCAUCUUUCUUUCAUUUUUUUCUUUUCUUUCUUUCAUUCUUUUUUUUCUUUCUUUCAAUCUUUCAUUUUUUUCGAUCUUUCAUUCUUUCUUUUUUUCUUUCAUUCUUUCAUUCUUUUCUUUCUUUAAUUUCUUCUUUCAUUCUUUUCUUUCUUUUCAUUCUUUCUUUCUUUCUUUCAUUUUUUCAUUUUCCUUUCUUUCUUUUUUCUUUCUUUCAUUUUUCAUUUUCAUUUUCUUUCUUUUUCUUUUUUUCUUUUCUUUUUUUCUUUUUUCUUUCUUUCAUUCUUUCUUCUUUUUCUUUCAUUUUCAUUCUUUUUUUUUUUCAUUUUUUUUUUUCUUUCUUUUUCUUUUUUUUUUUUUUUCUUUCUUUCUUCAUUCUAUUCUUUCAUUUUUUCUUUCUUUUUUUUUUUUCAAAUUUUUUUUUUCUUUCUUUCUUUCUUUUUUCUUUUCUUUUUUUUCAAUUUCAUUCUUUCUUUCUUUCUUUCUUUUCCUUUUCUUUCUUUUUUUUUUCAUUCUUCUUUCUUUCUUUCUUUCUUUCAUUCUUUCUUUUCUUUCAUUCUUUCAAUCUUUCUUUCAUUUUUUUUUCUUUUUUUCUUUCUUUCAAUCUUUCAUUCUUUUUUCAUUCUUUCAUUCUUUUUUUCAUUUUUUUUUUUUUCUUUUUUUCUUCAUUCUUUCUUUCUUUUCUUUCUUUUUUUUCUUUCAAUCUUUUCUUUCUUUUCUUUCUUUUUCUUUCAUUCUUUCAUUCUUUUCUUUCUUUCAUUCUUUCAAUUUUCAUUCUUUUUUUUCUUUCUUUCUUUUUUUUCUUUUUCAAUUUUUUUCUUUCAUUUUUUGUUUUUUUUCAUUUCUUUCUUUCUUUCUUUUUCAUUCUUUCUUUCUUUUUUCUUUCUUUCUUUCAUUCAUUUCAUUUUUUUUUCUUUUCAUUUCUUUCUUUCUUUUUUUCUUUUUCAUUCUUUCUUUCAAAUUUUUCUUUCUUUCAUUCUUUUUCAAUUUUCAUUCUUUUCUUUCUUUUUCAAUUUUUCUUUCUUUCUUUCUUUCUUUCAUUCUUUCUUUUUUUUCUUUCUUUUCUUUUUCUUUUUUUUUUCUUUCUUUCUUUCAUUUCUUUCUUUUUUCAAUUUUUUUCAUUCUUUCUUUCUUUUUUCAUUUUUUCAAUUUUCUUUCAAUUUCGAUCAUUUCUUUCAUUUUUUUUUUCAUUCAAUUUCUUUUCUUUUUUUUUUCUUUUUUUUUUAAUCUUUCUUUCUUUCUUUUUUUCUUCUUUCUUUCAUUCUUUCAUUCUUUCUUUCAUUUUCUUUCUUUCUUUUUUUUUUUUUUUCAUUUUUUUCAUUCUUUCAACUUUCUUUCUUUCUUUUCAAUUUUCAAUCUUUUCAUUCUUUUUUUUUUUUUCAUUUUUUCAUUUUUCAAUUUUUUCUUUUUUCUUUUUUUUUCAAUCUUUCAUUUUUUUUCUUUCUUUUUUUUCAAUUCUUUUCUUUUCAAAUUUCAUUUUUUUUCAUUCCAUUCUUUUUUUUUCUUUCUUUCUUUUUUUUUUCUUUUUUUUCAAAAAAAUUCAUUUUUUUUUUUUUUCUUUUUUUUUCAUUCUUUCAUUUCUUUCAUUCUUUUUUUUUCAUUUUUCUUUCUUUUUUUUUUCUUUCAUUCUUUCUUUCUUUCUCUUUUCUUUCUUUCUUUUUUCUUUUUUCAUUUUUUUUUCUUUUUUCAAUCUUUCAUUCUUUCUUUCUUUCUUUCAAUUUUCAAUUUUCAUUCUUUUCAUUUUCAAAUCAUUCUUUCAUUCUUUCUUUCUUUUUUUUUUUUUUCUUUCAUUUUCUUUUCUUUCAUUCUUUCAUUCUUUCUUCUUUCUUUCUUUCAUUCUUUUUUUUUUUCAUUUUUUCUUUCUUUUUCAUUUUCAUUCUUUCAAUUUUCAAUCUUUCAUUUUUUCUUUUUAUCUCUCUCUCUCUCUCUCUCUCUCUCUCUCUCUCUCUCUUUCUCUCGCUUUUAUUGUGAAGAACAUUAGUGGCUCCGGGAAAAAUGUCUGGCUGCUUGCUAACAAGGAAGUUGUCAAAAACAUCUCGCAGACAAAACAGACGUCAGGGCGUCAACAAAGAAGAGGUGGUAAUUUUGACGGCGCGUCUAGUUGCUAUAAAUCUAUAAGGACACACAUGCGCCCCUCUCUCUCUCUCUCUCUCUCUCUCUUUCUCUCUCUCUCUCUCUCUCUCUCUUAG